AUGGAUAAUGGUAGCAGCGCAGAUCAUAUAUUGAUUGCUAUAGAAGAAGGCGGAGAUAUUAGAGUUGAAGCAUUGAUGAACACCAUGAAAUCAAAGAUUGGCUAUAUUUCACCCUUCUCUGCCACAUCCUGCAUCUUCAGAGUUCCCCAUUUUCUGCGGAGAAAUAACCCAGGGCCAUAUGGACCUGACAUUGUCUCAAUUGGACCCCUUCAUGAUCGAACCGGUAAACAGUUUGAACUUAUCGAAAAUAUGAAGAAAUCGUAUUUACAUGAUUUUCUCUCACGCACAAAUAUAAGUUUGGAAAGGUUGAUAUAUCGCACUCUUGAGUUGGAGAAACGUACCCGUGAUUUUUAUGCAGAACCACUUGAUGUUACCGAGCAUGACUUGAUAGAAAUGAUGAUAUUUGAUGGUUGCUUCCUGGUGGAACUAUUUCUAAAGUUUGAGGGACGUUGGAAACAUGAGGAACGUAGGGGCAUUAGUGACCCAAUAUUCAACAUGAAAUUCAUGAGGGAUUAUCUUUUCCAUGACCUUUUGGUACUAGAAAACCAGCUACCUUGGUUUAUUCUCGACUAUUUAUAUAGCCUUAAGCGGGAGAAUGAGCCUGUUCAGUCCUUGAAACAACUCGUGCUCACUGUCUUCACUGACCAUCCACCGGUCGCGAAAAAUUGCAAGUCCUAUCUAAACUAUCUAGAUAGUGGUAGUUACUACCACGAUGAUGAUGAUGAUAUUGGUAUUUUGCACAUACUUGAUCUGAUAAGAACCUCAAUAGUUUUCGCCGGCAGAUUUGGAUUUGAACCAUCUUUCUACGACACAUCAGAGACACCAUUCAUGCAUCCUGUGACCACUCUCUUAAAGUCAGGCGUUAAAGUCCAAAUAGGCUCUGGUCAUGAAAGUAUGAUGAAAAUAGAAUUCCAAAAUGGGGUUUUGUCAAUUCCACAAGUAGGGAUCGGAGAGUUGUCUGAAUCACUAUUCCGGAAUCUCAUUGCUUUUGAGCAGUGCUGUCAUAGUCGCUCCCAUGAAAUUACAUCUUAUGUCAUUUUCAUGGAUACCCUCAUCCGCUCCAGUGAGGAUAUGGACUUCCUUUGUGAGAAAAAAAUAAUUGGUAAUUGGGGAAGCAUUGCAAAUAGUUAUCAGUUCUUCAACAAGCUCCGCAAAAACAUUCGGGUCACCAAGUUCCACUAUCAUAUACUCUGUGCUGAACUGGAUAGAUAUUGCACAGCUGAAUGGGAAAAGCCUCUAAUAAGUGACCUAAGGCGCGAGGCGUUGUUAGCAAAAGAAGAAUUUAGGCGUCAUUUUUUAUCUAACUUGUUGAAGAUUAUGUACUUGGUUGUAUGCUUUAUCUUUGUGCAG